AUGCGCCUUCACCUUAUCAUCUCGCGCCACGGCCUACCGGCCACGCGCAUUCUCUGGACCACCGCCUCUUCCGCGGAAUAUGGCACCCACGGCGCUGCGUCUGCGGCGGCGAUUGCCUCGACACGCACGCCGAACAUUGCUUUUGCGAAUGGUGGAUACACAAUUGCUCAAUUGCUCGAAGAUGUAAAUGAGGUCGUGCCGCUGGAGACAGAACCCAGCAUGUUUGAUCCUGAGUUCGGAGGUCAGUGGGGUUUGGAGGACUACGUGGUUGAGAUUGCCGGCUCGGAGUGUCUGCACUUCAUGGAGGUUGAUGGGUUGCUUCGGGAUGGAGACGAGGUUGUUAUUCGAGCUCUUCAAUUGGCAGAUCUUCGUGCACGCCGACUGUGCGGUCGACACCAGAUUACGGCUGAGGGCAAGCAUAUUAUUGAUGGUGUCGCAUUCGGGUCUCCGUAUCUGAAGCGUGGUACAUCCUCUCGACCUGCGAUUGCCAUUCCCCCAAGAAAGAAACGCCGGACGAUUUUCUCUUCUGGCUGGGAUUUUGGGCCUGAUUCUACAUUGCACUAUGAAGGCGCUAACGCCAACGCCAAUGCCGACGAGGAAGGCGAUGGGGAGUGGCUCCCACCUGGUGAAACCGGCUUUGGAAAAGAACUUUCCAUUCUACCCGCAGAUAAUGACAUCUCUGAAAUGGGGACUGUCAUCAGACACCACGUCGAUCACUCAGAUGGCUCAGACAGCGAAAUGGACGCAUCCGACCCUGAUCCCGAAGAAGACGACCUGGAUACUGAGCUCAAGGCUUUGAAGGCAGAUUUUGAGGAGCCCGAGCCUCAAUUUGUUGAUAUCAGAAACCAGGCACAUAUUUCCGGGGGUCCUGCGUUACGUUCCAGUUUGUUGUCCAAGAGGCCGUCGUCUGCGGACAAGAGGCCAAAUUCCUCAGGGUCACUCGUGGGAGCAUCCUCUCUUUCCAGCAAGCGGUCCCGUGGAGAUGACUCUUCUCCGAGAGUCUCGAAGGCUGUGCGAUUCAACGGAGGUCAAAAUGUGUCCGAAACUGUGAAAUCUACCCAACCUAAAGAAGCUAUCGCUGAUAUCUCCGACUCUGAAUCGAGCUCGGCCUCCUCGAGUGAGUACAGCGAGCCAAGCGAAACAUCAUCAGAGGAAGAAGACUCCUCCGAUGAGGAUAUGCAGGUCGACGAAGUGGACAAUAACACAGCUCUAAGAAAAGUGGCGAGGAAUGUGGAAACAAGCCCAUCCUCUAGCUCUGAAUCGGACGACUCCAGCUCCGACUCCAGCUCCGAAGAUUCGUCAUCCGAGUCUGAGUCUGAGUCUGAAGACGAAAAAAUUUCACCACACGCUCAUAUCCCCAUCGUGAACGCUCCCGGCAACGGCUCUGUACGGACUAAGAAGAGCAACGUUCGCUGCAAGCUCCGCCGCCGCCUCUCUAAACUUAAAGAAGUUGGUGUAUUGCCCGCUUCUGCGGACUUUAAUGCCUUGCGUGAAUGGGAGGAGACUCAUGGAGGUUGGCACGGAGGUGCUCUUCUACCUUUACCUGAUGAGUUGAGCGUCCUGUCAACGGCAUCGCCAAAAAUUUCAAAGAAGGAGCAGGAGCAGCUGGAAUUUGAGGCGAGGCGACAGAAGUUGCUCCGGGAUCUUGCUUCUGGUGGAGUGGAUGUAGACGAGAUUUCCGAGAAGGAGAAUGUUCCUCCUCAAACUGCUGAUGCGAAUAUGCCUGAAGCGGGAGCGGAAGCUGUGCCUGAAGAAGACGAAGCGCCUGAAGAGGAAUCUUCAAAAGAGGCUCCAGCUCAACGGAAGUUGGACGUUGCCAGUUCCAAGCGAUUGCUUUUCGGAUCUCUGGGGGUGCGCACUCCUAAAACCAAGGAGGAUGAAGAGGCAACGCGACGAAAGCUAGCGGCUCAAUUCACCAAAAUCAAUUCCCGACGACAAACCGCAGAGACCCAACCAGCUGAAGAAAAAGAAGAGGAGGAGAGUGACUCGGAUGUGGACUGGGAGAACAAGCUGACCAUCAAAGCUACCGAAUGUAUAUUUGAUGAUAUCGAAUUGACUUCACCACCAUUCCCCUUCGAGAACAGGUGGGACAAAGAAGCGGAUACACUCAUCCGACAGCGAAAUGGCUGGGGAAAGAAGCGGAAGAGAAAGCAGAGAAUCCAGGUCUACCACGAAGAAGAUGAAUACCCGGAAGAGGAAGAGUAUGAAGAAGCAAACUACGACUGGCCCGCCUAUGAGGAGGGCAUGGAACUCAACUAUGACGACGAGCGUGCCAAUGUAGAGAACGGCGUCACCGAUGCUUCUGACCUCCCUACUCUGCCCGAGGAUCCGACGUCUGUCACAGAUUUGCUUGAAUCCGAUGCAAAGCUCGGAGCAAUCAUCGCCUUCCGACAACUGGAUAUGUCCAAGGAGACAAACUGGCAGCCCCGUAUGUCUGAAUACCGAGUCGCCGAAGUUCACGAACUUCUGGGUAAUGGGACGAUCAAUGUGCGACUAGCAGAGCGCGACCGACGACCAAAGGCACCCAUCGACGAGGAGGAUGAGCCCCGAGAGUACGCCGGGUUCGAGAUGCCAGGAUUUGACGACGAAGAUGAUGAUGGAUAUCGCGAACUUGCAUUUGCAGAGCUCAGCGAUCCGAAGCUUUUGCGACCAGCGCCUCAAGUCAUCGACGAUGACACAGGGGACAAAGGCGCGCCAGAAGGUAGCAUUGUUUCCGUAGUCGAGGACUCCAUGCCGAAUGCCCAAGGCGUCGCUCCCGAUCCGGCUGAUAUGGAUCUCGAUGAAACUACUUUCGUCACGCUCGUGACAGCCGCUAGUCAGAUUGGGUCGCCGGCGAGAUCAGAUGUGCCGUUUGUUCAGACUCCGGGGGAUGGGCGGCUUUUACGCUCGCGAGGCCUGGAUGCGGAUGACGAGAAUAGCGAUACGCCGGCUGUGCCUUCACCUUCAUUCUCUGGUUUCCAUUCCGCGUUCUCUUCCCCCGGGACUAGGCUAAGCGGCCGUUUCAACCGCCAAAAUGAAGACACAAAUCUCGACGGCCAUACUCUGAUCGAUGAGCCGUCUGCUUUCACUCUGAUUGAAGAAGAACCGUCUGUUUUGGACAAUUCCAACCAGGACUACUCGGCUCUGUCAUUCCUCUCUGCCAACCAAUCUGCCUCCCCCUACCCGCCUCAAAGCCAGCAGCAGAAUCGCCAGGUCGUUGAUGAGCCGCUGCUCGGAGCAAACAGAUCUGGCGGCACUGACUCGCUGUUGUCUGUGGUACCACCAGCAAAGAGUCACUCCGGAAAGUCGACACCCGCUCGCAGCACCGCUUCCAGUCCGAAGCCCCAAAUGACAAGCACGCCCAAGGGACCAGCCUCUUGGGAGAGUCUCCUGGGCAUGCUGAGAACGGGAAACCCAGACCAGGACAACACCGACCAAGACAAGGAAGACGAAGACCUCGAGGACCAUGAUAGCCUGGUCCACAGCGAGCAAAGUCUGCGUCUCACCCAACCAUCCCCUCCAUCCAGCUCGCGCUCCUCGCGCUCCUUGCGCAAGCCGCCUACGAGUGCCCAGCGAUCUCAAUCUCAGAAACCCAACACAGAACUAUCCGAAGUACCCGCUGCCUCUACACGCUCCAAGAAGCCUGUUUCUUCUCCUCUGCCCAACGGCUCACAAUUGUCAGAACUCAUCGACCUGGCCAGCCCCUUGUCAGGUACUACUAGCAAGUCGACUCGAAAGAGCAAGAGCGACGUGACAGGCUUACCCAAGCCCGAUGGCGACGACGAUCUCCCGCAGUCAUCGGGCCGACCAACGCGCGCCUCGACCGAUACGAUGCAGCGCGUCGAGGUGAGCGUCAGUCCCACGACGAACAAAGCGAGCAAGAAGAAGAAGAAGCGAUUGUCGCGGAAGUUCUGA